AUGGAUAACCUCUUGGAUAUCUCAUCAACAUAUACAUCUCCGACUUCAUCCAUAUCUUCUCUACACCAUCAUUGCAAUAAUAAUAAUAACAACAACAUCAUUUUCAAUCACAACAACAACAAUCAUCAUAAUCCAAACCAUCAUUUACAGAUGUAUGGGUCGGAACUACCUGCAGAUCCAUCACGCGACCUGCGUGGUAGUGAGCCGACAUUUUUGAAUCAAAAGCAAUCACCUCGUAAUAGUCAUCCUAACAAUAAUAAUAAUAAUAGUAAUAAUAACAAUAGUAGUUGUUUGUCUUUACCUGUUGUGUCGAACCAACCUGAUACGGCGAUUGAACAACAACAUCCAAAAAAGGUACAAAAGGUUGAUGACCCAUCUUUUCACAAUGGUUUACACCAACAACAACAACAACAACAACAACAACAACAACAACAAGCUUUACAUCAACAAUCCAAUGGAAGAGACACCAACAACAAUGGUGGUGCCAUUUCUCAGUGCGGUGCCGUGCCCAAUUUAUAUGACGAUAGCAAUAGCAUGCGACCACAGGCGAUUCGGUCGGCCCUACAAAAUACAACUGGAUAUUAUAGCAAACAUCUCUAUGAAGAUGACGAAGACGACGAGGAAGAUGAAAGCCGUAAAAAUCCUCUCAAAUACUACCAAAAGUUUGUCAAGGACGACAACAAGAAUAACCUCUUGAAAGACUCUAACCUUCAACAGCAGCUGCAACAACAGCACCACAUCCAACAACAGCUGUUACACAUGCAAAAGCAACAACAGCAACAACAACAAAUAGAACAACGACAAAAACAAAAUAUUGAUUCAAUCAUACAACAACAACAAACCGAGCAACAAAAGAUCACUAUUCAACAACAACAUCAACAUCAACAACAACAAAUAGAACAACGACAACAACAUGCUUUGCAACAACAACAACAACAGCAACAGCAACAACAAGCAUUGCAGCAACAACAACAACAGGCGUUACAACAACAACAACAGCAACAACAAAUUUUACAACAACAACAACAACAAAAUAAUUCAUCACAAAUUAGUUUACAUCCUAUUCAUAUUAAAUAUAUAUUAGAUAUUACACUUUCCCUGACACAUAGAUUUCAACAAUUAACAGAUUUUUUAGUUAAUUCAAAUGAUGGAACAAGGGCAUUAUUUACACAAAGCCAAAUACCUGUGGCAAGUGAUAUAAUACUAAGACUACACAAUACAUUAAACAAUUCGUUACAAUCUUGGGCGCAUGCCCAACCACAACCUCAACCUCCAACUCAUGCCAGUCAGAGUUUACCUAUCAAUCCACUCGAUCCAAAUAAUCAAAAUAAUAAUCAAAAUAAUAAUCCAACCGUUUACCAAAACAAUAAUAAUAAUAACCAAAAUAAUAUUCAAUAUAGUACAAAUAAUACUAAUAAUCAAAAUAAUCAAAAUAAUAAUAAUACUAACCAACAAAUUGCACAAAAUUUAUUAGCUAAAAAUAAUAAUGUUUCAAGUAAUCAACAAUUGGAUCCAAAGGAUUUAAAUCAAUUUUACAAUCAAUUAGAGUAUUACCAAAAACUUGUUCCAACUACAAACGAUCAGUCGACCAACGAUUUUCCAUCAAAAAGCGAAUUGGACAUCAAAAAGGAAAGAUUCAAAUCAUUUGUACGCGAUCACUUGCGAGAAGAUAUUACAAAGAAACCAAUCGAUUUUAGUUCCUGUACAUUGGCAGAUUUCAGGGUUCACAAUCUUCUUGGUAGUGGAUCAUUUGCAUGUGUAAAGUUGGUCGAACACAAAUCCACAGGUCGUCUAUUUUGUAUGAAAAUCCUCAAUCAAAACAAAAUAGUUCGUUUACGUCAAGAGGCUCAUGUCUGUAGUGAAAAGGAAGUUUUAAUGAGUAUUGAUCAUAAAUUUAUUGUUAAAUUAUAUGCAACAUUUAAAGACGAAAAUUCAUUAUAUUUACUACAAGAAUAUGUUCCAGGUGGAGAAUUAUUUGAUCACAUUCGAACACAAAAACGGUUGAGUCCUGAAGUAACAAGACUCUAUGCAGCUGAAAUCAUUUCAGCUUUGGAAUAUUUACAUAAUUUAAAUAUUAUUUAUAGGGAUUUAAAACCAGAGAAUUUAUUAAUUGAUAAGGAUGGACAUAUUAAAUUAACAGAUUUUGGAUUUGCCAAACGUAUAUUACAAGAUACAAAGAGUAUGUGUGGAACACCUGAAUAUAUUGCACCAGAGAUUUUGGAGGGCAAUGGACAUGGAAGAUCUGUCGAUUGGUGGUCACUGGGUAUUCUGAUCUAUGAAAUGCUCACAGGUGUCCCACCAUUCAUGGCCGAUCAAAACAAUGAUAUCUUUAAAAAGGUUCGGGAGGCAAGUAUCGCCGACCUCAUCCCUCCCUAUAUACAACCCGAUGCCAGAGACCUCAUCUCACGGCUCGUCACAAUAUCUGUCGAGAAGAGAAUCGGAUGUAUGGAGGGUGGUGUCGGCGAUAUCAAGAAUCAUCCAUUCUUUAAAGAUGUCCAAUGGGACAAACUACCAUCCUUUGUUGGACACUAUGGACCAUUGUAUCAACACGCUCAACCAACCGCCAUCAAUUAUAGCGAUGAAAGCAACACGUUGGACGAUGAUAAUGAUUCAACUUGUAUUUUGUGUAAAAGUUCAACACUUAAUAAUAAUAAUAAUAAUAAUAAUAAUAUUAAUAAUAUUAAUAGUAGUAUUAAUAAUAAUAAUAACAAGAAUAGUAUUACCAGUAUUAUCCCUGUUUUUUUCCACUGUCUUAUAACUUUGGAUUCGAAUAUUAGAAAUCAUCAAUCAAAACUUAUAGUUAUUGACCAAUUUUCGACAUUAUGUAGAAACUUAAGAAUUGGAUUAUUACCACAUUCAUUGCCAAAUCCACUUCAUUUACCUCCUUUAUAA